AGAAGCCCAGUGUAAGACCUCCAUUUUAGACGACACGGCAAUUUUUUUUUUUAAACACGAUAAACUAAGAGGUAAGCUUAAUUCAUAAAGUAACCAAAUUAUCAGAACAUACGUUAAGAUAUUAUAAUUUAUUUAUUUUUUGUUUGGGGGAUAAUUGGGGGGGGGUACUGAAAGUUUGACAGUUGUUGACAAAGGGGGGUAGGGGAUCGAAAAUUGCCUAAAAAUUGUUGAAUUAAUUAAUGGACGGUCCCUAAAUGCGUUAUUUAUUUAUUUUUCUAAAUUAAAUUUUACUCGUUUUUACAACGAAUUGUCUGUCCGGACUGUCUUGAUUUACGGCUUCAACCGUCUCUUGGUGUUGAUGCUCUUAACACCCGGUUUAAACACUGAGCCAGAUGAUGUCAACCCAGGGCGUGUGUUUAGUCGCGACCAUUCUCUCGUUUAAGUUUUAUAAUUGUAAGUCAAUUUCUGGAGAUAAAAACACUUAUAAACUGCGCUAGAUAUUUGCCAGGCGAGCAUUUUAAAAAAAUUACCUAUGGGUUAAAAUACUUGUUACUCUGUGUAAGUGGUGUAGCACAGUGGAUUAUCUAAUACAUUCAGAGGCGUAGCCGGGUUUUGCAAUGGUAUGAGUCGGGGGAUGAGUGUUUAACGCGUCGAGUAUACAUCUAGUUGUGCACAAGGAUUAAUGGGUGGGUUGGAGGGGGUGGUUGUCAAGGGUUUGAAAAUCACUGUUCUUAUUAUGAACGGUUGCUAGUGACACACUGUUAGAGAUAUCAUUAGACCACGUUGAAUGGAAUACCGGAUGGGUUCUCAAACAGAGAAGCAAGGUAUCUCUUCAGGAGUUACAUUGAGUAAGAGAACCAGAAAACUGCAAGUUUCUUUAAUAGUGAAACCUAGAAUUAGGUCUCACAAUAAUACCAUCUAGAAGUAGAUCUAACAAAAGUAACUUCUAGAAAAUAGAUCUAACAAUAUUAACAGCUGGAAUUAGGUCUAACAUCUUGAUCCUAGAAGCAUAUCUUGACACCUGGGCAUGAACAACAAAGACAUUUAGUUUUAGAUGUAGAACUAAAACUUAAAAUUUGAUUAUCAGCAUUACAGUUGAGAUCCAACAAGGGCGGUGUGCUUCUACUGAACAUUGUUAACUUACUUAACAUUGACCUACCGCUAAAUAGAACGUUGUAUUGCCCCCCCCCCCCCCCCCCCCCCCCCCCCCCCCCCCCCCAAAAAAAAACGUUUUUUUGCCCCCCCCCCCCCCCCCACGGAGCCUCCGCCCUACAAACAGGGAUUAAACUGCUGUAGACAUAGAAGAUAAGCACUUACAGAACAAGAAAUACCGUCUGCCAGAUUUAGAAUGGCAAUGACGUCAGAUAAGGGGUCGGAGGAAAAAACACAUAUUUUUUUUACCACGCCUUUGAGCCCCCCUCGAUGUAAAAAGGAGAACGUCUUAGAUCAUUAAAUUCAAAAUAGGUUUAUUGAAUCUAUUUAUACGGGAAAUUCAAUUAUAAAUAUUUAAAAAAUGUAUAAUGAAUUAAUGUAAUUUUUAUUCUGGAACAAACAAAUAUUUGAAAAUGUGCUUCACUAACCCCAACCCAGGUUUUGGAGACGUAAUGUUUUGAUUUCUUUUUAGAUAUGAAAUAACGUAAACAAGUAUGGUUUUCUUUCAUAGUAUGGCAGUGUGGAUAAUAUACUAAAGGCUCAAUUGAUUUACGUGCCAGUAAGUCCAAUACAGAGAAAAGUCCUUGUCCUCAAACGAAGGUUGUUGCAAAAAAAAGUAGCGAUUUUGGGGACUAGUUUUUCUUAUGCAAGGUUAAACCCCAUUGCCGCUCAUGACAUAUUGGAGCAAAAGGUAAAACAAUAUUCUCCUACGCCGAAACGUGCUGCUGUAGACGUCAUUUUGUCGUGCAACUGGUAACCUCAACAUGGUGUGUGCUUACCCAUGUACACUGAGCAUAAACAGUGUGGCUAGGGGGGGGGAGUGAUUUUUGUAUCAUUUUAUUUAUGCCCUCAUUACCCCUCUUUUUUUAUGCCCUCACUUAUUAAUAACCUCAUUAUCUCCACUUAUGUAUACCCUCAUUAACCCAUUUAUUUAUGUCAUAAUUACGUCCAUUUAUUUAUGCCCUCAUUACCUACAUUUAUGUAUACCCUCAUUACGUCCAUUUAUUUAUGCCCUCAUUACCUCCAUUUAUUUACGCCUUCAUUAACCCAUUUAUUUAUGCCAUAAUUACGUCCAUUUAUUUAUGCCCUCAUUACCUCCAUUUAUGUAUACCCUCAUUACGUCCAUUUAUUUAUGCCCUCAUUACCUCCAUUUAUUUAUGCCCUCAUUAACCCCAUUUAUUUAUGCCCUCAUAAUCCUUCCUUUAUUUUUUCCCUCCCAACCCCUAUUUAUUUAUCCCCCAAUUACACCUAUUUCUUUAUGCCCCCCUUACCCCUAUUUAUGAAUGCCCCUAUUACCUCCAUUUAUGUCUGCCCCCAUCAUCCAUAUCAAUUUAUGCCCUCAUUACCCAUAUUUAUUCAUGCCCCAAUUACACCCUUUAUGUAUGCCUCCAUUACCCAUAAGCAUUUAUGCCCUCAUUACCUCCAUUUAUUUAUGCCCUCAUUAACAAAAUUUAUUUAUGUCCUUAUUACCCGCAAGAUUUUCAUUUGUUACCUAACUUGGUGUAGUUUACUCCCGACGUGUCGGCCGACCCAGUGCGUUAGAUGGAGAUAUUCCUUGGUGUAUGUAUCCAAACAUUUUUGAAACCCUUGAUGCUCUUUCGGGACUUUGAAAUUUUUUAUAGUAUUGUCUAUUAGUUUGCCCCAAAUGCUAAGCUAUGCUUUUCGCCACCAUCUUAAUUUACUCCCUGCUUUCUUUUAUGAAUCACCCCCCCCCUUUUUUUUUUAACCCAACUCUAAAACUUUUGGCCAAUAUUUAAUUCGUAUAUACUUCACCGACACAAACAUUGAAAUGCGCCUCGAUCAAGCAGUGGUAUAUACUUCACCGACACAAACAUUGAAAUGCGCCUCGAUCAAGCAGUGAUAUUUUAAUCUUCUUUACAAGGUACGCUGUUUUGGUUUCCUCAAAAUUCAGUCUUUCGUGGAUGAUCUCAAGAGAUGGCUGGAUCAGGCGAUGAAAUGAGAUUCAUUGAGUUUCAAGACUUGGAGAGAUACAAACAAGAACGGAGAUGCAUGCAUUGUAAGAUAAGGACAUUUGAUGAUAUGGUCACCUGCACAAAGUGUCUAGAGUUUUGGUGAGUACAUAGAGAGAUUUGAGAGAUGGGAUAGAUGUGAGACAUGUUAGAGAUGUGAGAGAUUUGAGAGAUGUGAGAGAUGGGAGAGAUGUUAGAGAAGUGAGUUUGAUUUCAACAAUCAAAUUUUUUAAUGAACAAAUAUGGCAUAACCGUUCACAAACCCUUACCCGUUUUAUUCUUUAAGGGGGCCGAGCGAGUCGCUCUUUAUGGCCCACGGCUAUUCGCACAACGGUGUACCUUAUCUGAAGGGCACUGCUUAACAUGACGUUCGCCCUCCCCCACCCCCUGAGUUCGACAUUCCAUCCCUUUGCCAAGCCUACGGAUAGAUGCGUUCCAUCCGUAUUUGAUUUAGCGUAACAGGGCAUUUUAAUUGGAAAACCCAACUUCCGAUAAGAACAACAAUGGCGAACACCUAUGUUUUUAACCGUUUCUUGUUGUUUCUUCACGUGUCAUGUCUGCCGAGGAAGGCUCUAUGCCAAAACGUGCUUCUUUAAAUGUCCUGUCUAUAUAUUUCAAGCUUCCAUAUACCUCGAUCCACGAUUUCUUUCACGUUUUAAAAUAAAUUUUGCAUACAUAUUUUAUUUAUUUUUUUUGGUGUCCAGCUACUGUUCUAUAGAAUGCUUAGAAAAUGACAGUAAAGGUCAUGCCACUGAAUGUAACAUAAUUGGGUUAAGGAAGGGACGACGCCGCAUUGUGGACAUCAACAUGCUCGAAUACGUCAAACAGAAAGCCAAGCUUUUGGACGAAGACGGGGACCCGAUUGACGUUAAAAGCCACCCUAAGGCUAACCCUAAGCCUGUCGAUGAAAUCAAAGACCCCAAGGCCAAGGAUCAACAAAAUGAGAAUGUACCUGCUUACAAGCCAGGGCCGAAGAACAAAAAGAACAAAAGGAAAAACAAAAGCAAAAGGCGAAAGGCCCCCAACCCCGUAAAGCCCAGUUCCCAAACACCGGACCUGUCCUCGACCAUUGUCCGGGGCAGGUUUGGCGGUCGAGUUAAAGUGGACGACAAUGUCAGGUCAGGGGCGAGAUUUGGUGAGGGGUGGUGGACAUCAGGACGACCAAGCAGCAGCGGUGGAGGUGCAACGGGUCACGCGACAGAGAAGACGAUUUAUGCCAAGAAACCAACGAAGACUAGUUUCCCGGAGUACGACUCCGAUACGGACUCCGAUGAUGGGUUGAAAUUAUGUGCCAUGGCCACAGUUGAAGGUUUGUGAAGAUUUUAAUUAAUUAUAGGCUAUCAAAGUAUAAAGUAUGGUAACGGAAAUCAGAUUUAUUUUUAAAGAUGAACUUUCAUUAUAGACUGAGUGUUGUUUUUUUUUAUAGUUUAAAAAAUGACUUAAAGUUAAUUUUUUUUUAAAUACCAAAUUGAAAUAUAAAAUAACAGAAUGAGCUUAGACUGGUUUUUUCUUGAAAAAUAUACAUUCCAACAGAAUUUUCAACAGGCAAUUUCCAUUUCUUACAUACUACGAACCUUUUAUGUAUGGUUAAUUAUGCUAUCUUAUGCAGGCAGCUUCUAUCUGAGCAGAUAUUUUGUCAUUUCAGACGCAACAGCCAAAUCUUCUUUCUGCGAUAGCGGGCCGACUGGCAGCGUAGAUGCCACACCCAAAGAAGCAGAUGGCAAAGUCAAGGUCGGUCCAGCUUCAAGCGCCAAUCAGACGUGGAGUGGGAUGAAUGCCGCAUCACCUUCUGGAUCCAGUGACGCAACUCGCCAUGUCCGGGCAUUCUCAGCGGCUAGCUCCUGUGAAGCCUCAGGCAAGGUCAAAGAAAGGUCACCUACUUGUUCUAGUGAGCCGGCGAGCAAGGUCAACGAAAGGUCAGCUGCUAGCUCUAGGGAGCCGGCUAGCAAGGUCAGGGAAAGUUCACCUACAAGCUCUGGUGAGCCGGCUAGCGUGUUAAAGGAAAGGUCAGCCCCUUGCACGAACGGCGCUUCAAACACCUACAAGGUCACUUCUGCCACACUUAAUUCAUACGACAACGAAUAUCAGCCAACGGGCGAUGAGCUUGUGCCGUACGACCAGAAGAAAGCGGAAGAAGCUAUGAGCGCCGCUGGUAGGAGAGAUUCCGGGAAAUCCCCAGUCUUAGAAAAAUGUCUUUUCUGUGGCAAGGAGAGCUACAGCAUGCUGAAAUGCUCACGGUGUUUUACGGGAAGGUAUUGUGGCAAAAUAUGUCAGAAGCAAGACUUUCCUAGACACAAAGAAAGUUGCAGUAAGUUAUCGUUUAUACCAUUGGUGGGGGUGUGUGUGGGUUGGGGGGGGGGGAUUACUAGUACUAUGGCAUUAUGCGCAGGGUCGGUGACAAUCUUCAUUGGGCUGUUUCAAACUUGAUUUUCUUCUGUGUUUGGGACAAUUUUUCAAUAAGGUAUAAGCAUCCUCAGAGAUGUGGACCAAAAUUACGGAGGCAUGUUUUAACCUUUGAGAUCGAAUGGCUUUUAAAUGUAAAAUUUCAUCACGUGAUAUGGUGUGAAAAGGGUGGGGAGGGGGAUUACUUGCCCGGGUGCCCGACCGAAUCAGAUAGACCUACGAUUGGGAGGCUUAAGUUAGUUAACAAUUAGCCAAAGUUAUACCUAUGACUGGAAGUCUUGAGUUAGUUAAGUAAGAUCACGCGUGACGUCUCAACUCCUGUAAAAAGGUUGCAUUUUUUGUCUUUGGGAGGAUGCGACUAUUAAUAAGCGCAAGAUUGAAUUAGAGCAAGAUUGAAUAAGAACAAGACUGAAUAACCACACAGUUGAAUAAGUGCAAGAUUAUAUAAGCGCAAAAUUGAUUAAACCCAAGAUUUAAGAAGUUCAAAAUUGAAAAAGCACAAGAUUGAAUAAGCGCAAUAUUGAAUACGUGCAAGAUUAAAUACGUGCAAGAUUGAAUACGUGCAAGAUUAAAUACGUGCAAGAUUCAAUAAGGAUAAAAUUGAAUAGUUGCAAGAUUGAAUAAGCGCACUAUUGAAUAAGUACACUAUUGUCUAAGAGCAAGAUUUAGCAAACCCAAGAUUGAUUAAACUCAAAAUUUAAUAAGCGCACGAUUGAAUAAGUGCAAGAUUGAAUAAGUGCAACAUUAAUUAAGCGCAAAAUAUAAAAAAGCAAGAUUGUUUAAGCGCAACAUUGAUUACGAAUAGCACUGCAACUGACGCAGAAAUCAAAACUAUAUUAAUGGGCCUGGAACAGGUGCGACGCAGAUUAGCCAGACGUAAAACACUUCCAUCCACCGUAGUAGUAAUAAUAAUAAUAAUAAUAAUAAUAAUAAUAACGUUUAUUUGAAAAACACGCUUCAUCCCCAAAAGCUCGAAGCGCGGUACAAAGUCAACCAUAUUAAAAAGAGAAAUAAAACCAUCUAAAAUUUACCACAUUUAAAAACAGACGCAACAGUAAAAAAACAAAAACAUACGAGCAUACCAAGUCAAAGUCUUUCACCCCAUUUCAUUCAACCAUAAGCAACACAAGUCAAUAUACACUAACUGGAAAAAGAUGGUAGAUAGCAUCACCCCAGAAGGUGUUUGCAAAACAGAUGUGUUUUUAAAUCGGUUUUAAAGGACUCCAGUGUCUGGCUGUUUCUGAGAGCGACUGGAAGAGCGUUCCAAAUUGUUGGGCCGGCAAAUGCAAAAGUGCGUUUUCCGUAAGUCUCAAGGCGAACACACGGUAUCGAUAUUUUGCCACUAUCGGAUGAGUGGAGCUCUCUAGUGGGUACACAAGGCGUCAUGAGUGCUUUGAGAUAGGACGGCGCCAGGUCAUGUAAGCAGCGGUAGCACAAAGUUACAAUUUUGUACUCUAUGCGAGCGCGGACCGGCAGCCAGUGCAGCUCUCUCAGAAGUGUUUUAGCAUGGUCGAAUUUGCGUUUGCGAAGAACAAUGCGAGCCGCAUUAUUCUGUGCUCUUUGAAGUUUAUCCAGGAGCGUAGCUGGGAGACCCACCAUGAGAGCAUUGCAAUAGUCCAUGCGUGAUAACACAAAUGCAGACAUCAGCCUCUUUGAUGCACCUAACGUUAAGAAAGGUCUGACAUGAUUAAUCCUGCGCAGCGCUAGAAAAAUACCGAUUCACAAUGUGCUCUCUAACACGGAAAUGGCCAAUGCAAUUUUGGAGCCUCACGGAGGCAAAGUGACCCUUCAAUGGAUCCCGGGACACGCGACUAUUAAUAAGCGCGAGAUUGAAUGAGCGCAAUAUUAAAUAAGCGUAAGAGUGAAUAAGAGCAAGACUGAAUAAGCGCACAGUUGAAUAAGUGCAAGAUUGUAUAAGCGCAAGAUUGAGUAAAUCCAAGAUUGAAUAAACUAUCAUUGAAUAAGCGCAAGUUUGAAUAAAUAUAAUUUAGUAUUGUUUGGUAUAGAAUGAGUUUAUUUCUUCUUCACUGCAUUGAAAACUUAUUGGUGCACAGUCUGUUUUUUAAUUCUUUAUAUCAACUUCGCUUUUGUUCGUGUGUUGCUGGUUGGCGAAAACCCUCGGACGGCUAAUUGUCCCACGUUCAGUGAACCUAACGAGCUGAGGCAAACGCCCCAUACAACUGUUGGUGAAAUAAAUCUGCUGUGCAAAAGGGGGUGGGACAUUAGAAGAUUAAUUUUAAAAUGAAUUCAUUUAAAAAACUCGGAUAAAGGAUUUAUUCCAAAAGCUUUGGGUUUUUUUUUAAUGGGUUGUAAAUAAUUUAGAUUUUCUCUUUACCAAGUUUUCCGAAAUUUCAAAACAGCUGAGAAAAAUAAAAAUUAAAUCCAUUUUCUUCCAUUUGUUUAAUUAAUUAAGACAUGACGUAGGUUUUAUUUUGAACAUUUAACAAAAAAGGUGUAUGCCCUGUACUCAUUUUCAAGGGCGCGGUGGACGAUUCUUGGUGGCCUUGGACAAAAUCCCCGACCCUCUCGUGACAGCAGCUUUCUUGGGUCUGGGAAUUCCACCCAUUUCCGUCUUUCUGUCGGAUUUGUGCGGGGCAUUCGAAUGUGAGUAUUCAAUUUAUGUCUGUUAUGUUAUUGUGAGUAUUCAAUUUAUGUCUCUCAUAUUAUUGUGGGUAUUCAAUUUAUGUCUUUCAUAUUAUUGUGGGUAUUCAAUUUAUGUCUCUCAUAUUAUUGUGGGUAUUCAAUUUAUGUCUCUCAUAUUAUUGUGGGUAUUGGUAUCUGCGUGUAUGUGUAUUCAAUUUAUGUCUCUUAUAUUAUUGUGAGUAUUGGUAUCUGCGUGUGUAUGUGUAUUCAAUUUAUGUCUCUUAUAUUAUUGUGAGUAUUGGUAUUUGCGUGUGUAUGUGUAUUCAAUUUAUGUCUCUUAUAUUAUUGUGAGUAUUGGUAUCUGCGUGUGUAUGUGUAUUCAAUUUAUGUCUCUUAUAUUAUUGUGAGUAUUGGUAUCUGCGUGUGUAUGUGUAUUCAAUUUAUGUCUCUUAUAUUAUUGUGAGUAUUGGUAUUUGCGUGUGUAUGUGUAUUCAAUUUAUGUCUCUUAUAUUAUUGUGAGUAUUGGUAUCUGCGUGUGUAUGUGUAUUCAAUUUAUGUCUCUCAUAUUAUUGUGGGUAUUCAAUUUAUGUCUCUCAUAUUAUUGUGGGUAUUCAAUUUAUGUCUCUCAUAUUAUUGUGGGUAUUCAAUUUAUGUCUCUCAUAUUAUUGUGGGUAUUCAAUUUAUGUCUCUAUUAUUGUGGGUAUUGGUAUCUGCGUGUAUGUGUAUUCAAUUUAUGUCUCUUAUAUUAUUGUGAGUAUUGGUAUCUGCGUGUGUAUGUGUAUUCAAUUUAUGUAUCUUAUAUUAUUGUGAGUAUUGGUAUCUGCGUGUGUAUGUGUAUUCAAUUUAUGUCUCUUAUAUUAUUGUGGGUAUUGGUAUAUGCGUGUGUAUGUGUAUUCAAUUUAUGUCUCUUAUAUUAUUGUGGGUAUUGGUAUCUGCGUGUGUAUGUGUAUUCAAUUUAUGUCUCUUAUAUUAUUGUGAGUAUUGGUAUCUGCGUGUAUGUGUAUUCAAUUUAUGUAUCUUAUAUUAUUGUGAGUAUUGGUAUCUGCGUGUGUAUGUGUAUUCAAUUUAUGUCUCUCAUAUUAAUGUGGGUGUUGGUAUCUGCGUGUGUAUGUGUAUUCAAUUUAUGUCUCUUAUAUUAUUGUGAGUAUUGGUAUCUGCGUGUGUAUGUGUAUUCAAUUUAUGUCUCUUAUAUUAUUGUGAGUAUUGGUAUCUGCGUGUGUAUGUGUAUUCAAUUUAUGUCUCUUAUAUUAUUGUGAGUAUUGGUAUCUGCGUGUGUAUGUGUAUUCAAUUUAUGUCUCUUAUAUUAUUGUGGGUGUUGGUAUCUGCGUGUGUAUGUGUAUUCAAUUUAUGUCUCUUAUAUUAUUGUGAGUAUUGGUAUCUGCGUGUGUAUGUGUAUUCAAUUUAUGUCUCUUAUAUUAUUGUGAGUAUUGGUAUCUGCGUGUGUAUGUGUUCUUCUGCGAGAGUGUGUGUGUGGUUUGUGUGCGAGUGUGUCGGUGUGUGUGUGUGUGUUAAGUGUGUGGGUGGCGUAUAUUUGAUGUGGUUGUUGUAUUUGGUUGGUUUGCUUAUUUCCUCUUUUUUUUUAAAGUUAUGUUGGUUACUAGCUAACAGACAACCCCCUGUGCAACCCGUUGUCGUAAACAGUGGCGUAGCGAGGGUGUUUGGCGCCCGGGGACAAGAUUCGCGCCCGGGGACAAGAUCCAUUUUUAGCGCCCCUUUUUCUUUUUUUUUUCAACUCUCAAACCCAUUAUUUUCAUCAAUAAAAUAAUAUAAAAGCACAUUUUGGCGCCCCUAACUAGCUGGCGCCCGGGGACAUCUGUCCCCACCACGCUACGCCUCUGGUCGUAAAUGGCUCCAAGAUUCAUUUGAUCAACCAAGGGAUUCUAAUAGUUUGAACAGUCAAACAUCAUUGUCUGAUACUAUGUCUGACGGACUUAAACAAAGGAACAAUCUUUUUUUAACAACUGAGUGUCUAUUAUAUUUUGUGUUAUUUUGAAAUGUCACUGAAGUAAAUCGACUUUUUAAAAAAAAAAAAAUUAUAACCAAAAAAAAAAAAAAAUUUUAACCCAUUCUUCUAAAACUUUCAUUUAAGUAAUUUUUUAGAAAUAAUUCACUGCUCAGCCUCAGGCAAAUUGAUUAUUUAUUUUGAGGUUACAGUUAGUUUUCACGUGAUUAUCUCGCCCUUGUUUUAACGUCCUAGACUUGAUGAUUGGCCCAAGGCGCUCUCUCCUGCUGGAGAUCGUGGACACGUCUGUUUUUGUGUUCCAGUACAGCGUUAGAGCCAUGGUAAGCCAGAGAAUUAGGGUUCAUACUCUCUACCUCCUAGAUCCAAAUUCACAAAUACUGUGAUUUGUUGUUUUUUUUUUCCUUUUUUAAACUGACCUCUUGAACUGCUUGGGCUCAUUGGAAAAACACGGGGAAAAUAAUGUCUAGAUUCUAGAUUACUCUAUAGCUCUUAGUAAUGACAAUUUACUUCCCUUUUACAUCUUCCACGUAGCUAAAAAUAGGGUGUGAAAGUAACAAAUAAGCGAGAUAAUCUUUACAAGUUGAUAUUUUUAUUUACAUUAAAAAUUUUCCUAAAAGAAUCACACCCGCGUUUCUUUGCUCCCAUAAUGUGGACAGAAUGCACUCAGAUUAGAACAAUGGAGAUGAGCGAAACAAAGUAUUGAAAAACCUGGGGCCGGGGGGGGCGGGGGGGGGGGGGGGGGGGUGAACGCAACAAAACAACGAACGUGUCGGCAAGAAGCACUUCAUUGCCGAACAAACAACACCAAAAGAUAGAAUCAAACAAAAAUAACGCUUAACUGUAAUGUAGCAUGUGAGAGGACGGCAAGAGGAAGGGGACAGAACACAGGGCCUUCUGUUAGAGAACAGCUGAUGUUCUCCCUCACUUAAUUCUGUUCAGUCUUCCUCAACGAUUAAUUUUUUUUCAUUUUCUUUUUCUUCAAAGUUUGUAUUGCCAUAUCCAUAGAGUUUUUUUCAAUAGCGUACUCUCGGUCUAUAGUCAGACUUGACCGAAAAUAUCAGUUGUUCAUCUUAUCUAUUUCUUUUUUUUUUCUUUUUUUUUUUCUUGCCAGGACCGAGAUGGGACGAUGUGCCGAAUCCUUUUCUAUGAACCUUCCGGCAUCUACUACCACGUCCCCAAUGGCUUAAU